AUGCCAGCCGAAAUCGUCGAUGUGCAAACUUCUGAAAAUCUCAGAGCCAUUCAGCUACAGAUUCUGGAUGGUUUGCAACGCCCUGCAGGGCAGAAGAAUCUGCCUACAAUGUUGCUCUAUGAUGAGCGCGGUCUGAGGUUAUACGACGAUAUUACCACCAUGGCUCCGGAAUAUUACUUGUUUGGAGCUGAAGAGGACAUUUUGAAGAAGCAUGCUACGGACAUUGUGAUGGCCAUGCAUAAUACCACAGGUUGUAUUCCAGGAGAAACCGUGAUUGAGCUAGGCGCUGGGUCGUUGCGCAAGACCUCACACAUCUUACGCAGUCUUUCUCACAUCGUCGACAGCCCCAGUCGUGUUCCUCCAAUAACUUACUAUGCGCUCGACCUUGAAAAGCGUGAACUGGAGCGCACUUUGAAUGCAAUUGCUAUUUCGGAUAUCGGAUCGGAUCUCAAAGGAAAGGUUGAAACCAAGGGGAUGUGGGGAACUUACGAUGAUGGUUUAAAAUACCUGAAAUCUACCGGUCUGUAUGCUCCAACUGCGAUUGACAGGCCAUCAAGAUUGGAGGCAUCUAUGAGGUUUGACGCUAGAGACUUGUCUCCCUCUUCGACUACGUCGGGUUCCGAUUCUUCUGGCGCUCAUGUGUUCGAUGUAUCUCCUCCGUCGACUCCUGAAGAGGUUCAGGCUCCCCUCCAUAUCAUGUUCCUUGGCUCAUCUCUCGGCAACUUUAACCGGAAAGACGGAGCAGCCUUCCUGCAUUCACUUCCUCUGCGUCCUGGAUCUGGAGAUACGUUAUUGUUAGGAUUAGAUCAUGCCAACGAGAAGGAUUUGAUCGAAGAAGCGUACAAUGAUCCUCGCAAUCACACGAAAAAAUUUAUUAUGAAUGGAUUGAGAGGUGCUGGCCGAGCAUUAGGAAAUGAAACCUUGUUCCUUGAAGACAAAUGGGAUUACGUUAACAGAUACGAUGACAUUGAACGCCGCCAUGAAGCUUUCUACAAGUCCAAGAUAUCUCAAGUGUUGCGUAUCCCAGACGGUGACAUAUCAGUGGAAUUCCAGGAGAACGAGCUUGUCAAAGUAGAGGAAUCAUGGAAGUUUUCAGAGACCGAUGCUUAUACUCUUUUCUCUGAGAGUAAUUUGCGACCAAUUGAAAGGUGGAUCGAUAGCACCUCUCGAUACUCACUAUGGUUGCUGGAGCGUCCCGCCUUCAUUUUCCCUUUGCUCAAAUCUCCCAAUGCAUGCAAUUCAUCUAGCGAACUGGUUCCCAAGAAAACCUAUUCUUCUUCCCCCUUUGGUGUACCUUCUCCUCAAGAAUGGGUGAACCUCUGGGCCGCUUGGGAUAUGAUCACACUACGGAUGAUUCCGCCUUCAAUGCUUUUCCAAAAGCCAAUCGAUUUGCGUCAUAUCUGCUUGUUUUAUCUCGGUCAUAUCCCGACUUUUCUGGAUAUCCAUUUGUCGAGGCUUUUGAGCGAGCCCCACACGGACCCUGUAGGAUUCAAGGACAUUUUUGAACGAGGAAUUGACCCAAACGUCGAUGAUCCUUCUCAAUGCCAUCCUCAUUCGGAAGUCCCCCAGAACGACAAAGAUUGGCCGAGCCUAAAUUCCAUUUCACAAUUCCGCUCUCGCGUCCGAAACCGUCUUUUAAAACUCUACAAUGACUUCGACAACGGAAAUCUCACACUUACAAGGAAAAUGGGAAGAGUUUUGUUUAUGACCUUUGAACACGAGGCUCUUCAUGCAGAAACCCUCUUAUACAUGCUCCUGCAGCGCGCUGGCUCCGGGACUAUUCCACCUCAUGGUUUUGCUAUUCCAGAGUGGAACUCUCUGGCAUCCAGUUGGAAAAGUAUUCCUCCAUUGGUCGAGGAUACUGUCACAUUAGGCCCGGCUGUAGUGGAGCUGGGACAUGAUGAUGCUGAAGGAGAAGAUGAGCUCAAGGAUUAUAAAUUCAAUGUCGAAGAUCGCGAAUUUGGCUGGGAUAAUGAGCAUCCAAAGCGGCACAUUGACGUUCAAGAAUUUCGUAUCAGUUGGAGGCCUAUCACCAACGGUCAAUACUACGAUACCUUCAAAAAGAACAAGGACAAGUUUCACGUUCCUGCAAGCUGGGUCGAAGAAGACGGUGAAAUUAGGGUCCGCACUUUGUAUGGUCCUGUACCCCUGAGUGUCGCAGAGGACUGGCCUAUUUUCGCCUCGUAUGAUGAUCUAUCUACUUAUGCCACGGUCAAGGGCGGACGUCUUCCCACCGAACCCGAAUUGCGGCUUUUCUAUGAUAAAUUCCAGUGUGGCUUCGAAGGGGGAGCUAAUUUAGGUUUUCGGAACUGGCAUCCCGUUCCAGCCACCACUGGUGGCAAACAAAAUGGCGGUAAAGGCCAUAACGGUGGCGUCUGGGAAUGGACGUCAACCGAGUUUGACAAAUACGAUGGUUUCACACCAUCGAAAUUAUACCCUGGCUAUUCGAUGGACUUUUUCGAUGGCGCUCAUCAAGUAGUGAUUGGAGGCUCUUAUGCCACUAUCCCUCGCAUCGCUGAAAGAAGGUCGUUACGAAACUGGUAUCAGCGUAAUUAUCCGUUUGCCUGGGUUGGGGCUCGGGUCGUAUAUGAUGCUUGA